CGGAACUUCAGGAAGGAGGAGAGGCCGAGCUUGAACUAGGGUGGAUCGAACAAGAGACUCGAAAUCAGGGGAAUGCGGGAGAUAUGGAGAUUGAACGUGAGGUGGAAAGGAGGGUGAGGAGGCGGAGUUUAGGGGAACCAUUGCAGUAUAUCCUCGGUUCUACGGAUUUCGGACCCCUGACUUUGGAAUGCCGUGCGCCGAUCCUGAUUCCACGACCGGAGACGGGGGACGUCUUUCAGCGAUUGGCUUCACUGGUACGGGCAGGCUUAGGGCGGCUGAGUAGGAGGAGAAAGACGGAUGGUCAAGCGCUGGAAAAGGAGCAAGGAGAAGCGAGGCUGGACGUGAAGGUGUUGGACCUCUACACGGGUUCGGGAGCGAUCGCCUUGUUGAUCGCUCACGAACUCCGAUCGAGCCCUCGACACGCUGGUCGACCAGCAGAAUGGGACCGGGAACACGAGCUGAACUUCCGGGCCUUGGGGGUGGACAUCAACCCGCUCGCCAUCGAACUGGCAUUGGUCAACCGGGAAAAGACGGGAUUGACGCGCGAGGUCGAUUUCGUGCAGAGUGAUGCGCUGAGCCUGACCGACCUCGAUUUGCUGGAUGGCCGUCCGCAUCUGGUCGUAGCCAACCCGCCCUAUAUCCCCAUGGAGGAGUACGAGCGCCUGCCCGGCUCUGUCAAGGAGUGGGAAGACGUGGACGCGUUGUUGGGCGAUGGGGAGCGGGGUCAAGAGGUGGGCGAUAGGGUGCGAGCGGAUGGGUUGGCGCAUUAUCGUGCGUUGGCGAGGAAUCUGGGCGGGCUGUUGGGAGUCGAUCCAGAGGUCACGUCGUCGGGGCUGGAUGACGAUUGGGACGACGCGGGUCUACCUAGGGUGGCAGUCGAGAUCGGGGACGGCCAGGCGGGACGCGUGAGACGGAUCAUGGAGCUCGAGAGUCGGGGCGUGAUAGGGAGGACCGAGUGCUGGGUGGACAUGUAUGGUAAAGAGAGGAUGGUCGUCGGGUGGCGUCGUUGAUCGCCGCUGAUGAUCGAGUCACAUGAAACACGACUGACCCGCAGCGAGUUGUGUGAAACGUGCUGCGAGAACCCCUCCCCCGGCCGAAUCGCGAGGUCGGUUACUGCGGGGAAAGGGAUGCAUCGGAAGCAUUUUCUCUUUGCUCCCUCCUGUAAUUUGAUUCCGCCGGACACCUCCUCUCUCCCUCUGAUUUGCUAAACUUGGACGAUCGACCGAACGGUGAACCCAAAUAUAACUCUCGCAAGCAGCAAGGAGAGAGUAUAGGGGUCCAUUCACUUCAGGAGGACACUUCGAUAACACACAGCGUACAGCGACGACCUAUACCUACCUACUCUCUCGAACAACAGGCGCAGACCAGACCAGCAACCA